CGACUCGGUAGUGAUGACCCGCAGCAGCAGCAUCAGCUUCUUCCAGAAGUUUCCUCGCAAGGUUUCGAGCGCGGCAUACUGACACACUUCUGCAAGCGUAAACAGGCUAGGUGACAUUUUCGUCCUCGUCAAUGGGACACAGCUGAAAGUUGCUCGGCGGCUGUGACACUUUCUGGAAGAGCACCGGGACGGCGAACUGAGCUACUACCCGGUGCAGGGGACAGCUGCGGCGGCGGCGUGAGGCGGCGGAGCCCGUUAAGCUGACCCUCGUUACACGAGACAUGCUGGAUGUUCUGUCGACGUUAAACCUAAACGUCGACAAAAGCAACUGAAAGAAGUCCCGACCGAUCAGUGUGAUGGGUAAAGAUUACUACAAAGUGUUGGGAAUAGCCAAAGGAGCAUCUGAAGAUGAAAUUAAAAAGGCGUACAGAAAGCAGGCUCUGCGUUAUCACCCCGACAAGAACAAAUCUCCCGGAGCCGAAGACAAAUUCAAGGAGAUCGCCGAAGCGUAUGAUGUUCUCAGCGAUGCCAAGAAAAAGGACAUUUACGAUCGUUUCGGAGAAGAAGGAUUAAAGGGUUCAGCCAACACUGGAGGCGGAGGACACGGCGGUCAGAGCUACAACUACAGCUUCCAUGGGGACCCUCAUGCAAUCUUCGCUGAGUUUUUUGGUGGCCGCAGCCCGUUCGAUCACUUCUUCUUCCAGGACGGGGAGGACGACGCGGACGUCAACGACCCCUUUGCGGCAUUUGGCAUGUCAGGAAUGGGCGGCAUGGGUGGGUUUCACCGGUCCUUUAAACCCCACCCGGUAGGAGCUCACAGAGCGCACGAGAAGAAGAAGGACCCGCCUGUGGUGCACGAGCUGAAGGUGAGCCUGGAGGAGGUGUUCUCGGGUUGCACGAAAAAGAUGAGGAUCUCUCGUAAGAGGCUCAAUCCAGACGGCUGCACCAUGCGCAGCGAAGACAAGAUUUUAACAGUCGAUAUAAAGCGUGGCUGGAAAGAGGGAACAAAAAUCACCUUUCCCAGGGAGGGAGAUGAAACUCCCUCCAACAUUCCUGCAGAUGUGGUGUUUGUGGUCAAAGACAAGCCUCACCCAGUGUUCAGAAGAGAGGGCUCAGAUAUUGUUUAUCCUGCAAAAAUAUCUCUUAGAGAGGCGUUGUGCGGAUGCACGGUCAAAGCUCCCACGCUGGACGGCCGAACCAUCACUGUGACCUCCAGAGACAUUGUUAAACCCGGAAUGAAAAAGCGAAUAAGUGGAGAAGGGCUGCCGCUGUCCAAGUUCCCUGAGAAGAGAGGUGACAUGAUCCUGGACUUCACUAUUAAAUUUCCUGACAAACUGGCCCAAAACACACGUGAUACACUCGAGCAGAUUCUCCCGUUGUGACUUCAUGUGACUCAGAAUCAAAAACGGUUAACAUUUCCAGCGGCACUCUCCUGUGUACUACCUGGACUUUUGAGGCUCAGGGCAGGUUUGUGUUCAGAUGAGUUUAAUUUUAAUUUUCUCUUAACUCAAAAUCCAGAAAACAGCUUUUUUAAAAAAAAAAAAAAAAAAAAAUUGGCUUUGAGUGAAAGAGACAUGCAGGUGUUCUUUAAAAAUUCAAUGAAUUGCACCACUUGGAAAUAACUGAGGAUUUGGUUUCAUAGCAGAUGUUUGUGUGAGUGCUUUAGGUAACACACAGUCAGCUGCUUAACAUUGCCUCAGGUGCACUGAUGCAUGCUUGAAUGUGGCUAUAACUACAUUACUCAUAGGACGUGAUUUUAGUUUCCAUUAGGUAAAAUUACGAUGCUGCAUGGAUCCUGAAAGGUGAACGCUUUUGAGGUAUCUGUACCAGUACUGGUCUUAUUAGGAGUUUUGGCAUUAAGUAGAGUUUUCUCUUUAUGUGGAAAAAAACAAAAAAAUCCUGUGUUUUUUACUUGUAGUUUACACUAAGCUGUAAUAUAAAGCUACCGGGAAAAAAUACACCUCAAGUGUUCUCAAGGCUGAAAACAGUGGAGCCCUACCAGGAUUGAUGCUCAGUAUGAUUCUUAGGGAGUGUGUGUGUGUGUGUGUGUGUGUGUGUGUGUGUGUGUGUGUGUGUGUGUGUGUGUGUGUGUGUGUGUGUGUGUGUGUGUAUCAAGUGAUGUUCUUUAUAAACAUAAGAACAUCAGCCACAAGUUUAAAUCCACUGACAGGUGAAGUGGGACUUUGCAUUCAUGCGGAUGUUACUGUGUGUAACACCCACUCAAGGCCCCGGUCAUGCAGACCUGAAGACCAAUCUGACAGCUCAGAGCUAUACUGGUGACAAACAUGGGGGGUAGGAUGCAAUAUUAAGCAGGUGGUUUUAAUGUUGUGGCUGAUCAGUGUGUGUGCAUACACUAUGUUAGAGGUCUAUUUAAAAGAGAAAGUGAUGGAGUCAUUGUUUAUUAAGUUACCAACUCAGAUUGAAGACUCGUCUGGUCUCCACACACAGUACGCUCAGCUGUGACGCUGCUCUGUUUCAUUCGCUGCAGAGUAUUGUUAAAAAAAAAAAAAAUGGAGUCAAAGGUGAGACUAUAAAUUACUCCUUCUUAAUAUCAGAAAACAUUAUGUGCAGAUGCUAACAUUUCUGGAGAUAGGCCAAUAUCAGCCCUUGCGCUACUUCUACUACUACUAAUAACAGGAUGCACCCCUGAUGGAUCGUCAGUGUGCAGUAUUUCCCAGAUUUAUAAUGUAGGAAAACAUAGAGGGAGGUGUUGGGAGUUUUUUCUUCUGCAGCUGUAAAGAUGGCACUUGUUUACUUUUCCAAACUUGUGUUUAACCAGAAGUAUGCACAAGUGAUUGUUUAUGUAAAAUAUUCUGUGGAGGAAAAAUGUGCCAAAUAGUUGUCCCUGUCUUAUUAUAAUAUAUAUAUAUGCGGGUAUGUGUCUAAAAAUAUGUCGAGAGCAUGUGUGUAUCCUGUCAUGUGACUGAAAAAUACCAAAAUCUUACUGCAUUCGUACCCAGUUAAGAUGCACAGAGAAAUUGAUAUUUUAUACAGAUAUCAUGUAUGUGUGAUAUUUUAAUUCCUCCUUAUUGUUAUUCUAACGCUGUCUGUCUGAUUGCAUUCUGGAUCAAAAGCCAGUGUGUUUCUGAUUUCUUGUAGCCAACAUAUAAACAUGGUACAUGGGUGUGCUGCCAUGAUAGUUCACAGUAAGCUGUGAAAAAGAAGUUGAAGCCCCAGCUUUAAAGGCCUGCAAUGUGUAUUUGUGUUUGACUAUUCUGUCUUAUAUCAUGACUCUCUUAUGCCCAACAGCUUUCACUCCAGCAUGUACAGAAGCUGGCAUUGCGUGGCUUCAGAGUUGAGGGACGAUCCUAAAGAAUCAGUUGAUGUCUUUGACUGAUGAUGAUGAUGAAAGCCGGUAAAUCACUCGGGUCAUUGUGCGCAUGCAAAAUUAUUUUAGUGUUGAUGUGACCGUCAGAGGAAAAUGAGCAAAACUUCAUGACAGUUGAGAACUGCCGCUUUAUCCUGCCUCUGCUGAAGUUUCUAACUUACACAAACAUGUGGUGUAACAUGAAUGUAGAGAUGUGUAAUCUCUCUAAUUUCUUUUCUUUUUUUUCAGAAAAACAAGCAGAUGCGUUCUUUUUUUGUUUACCUCGUUCAUGUUUUGAAAUUUCUCAGGUUGGGACACAAAAUUCUUUGAUUUUUUUUAACAAUAAAACUUUUCUGAAUUCA